ACAGAAACGAGAAGCUGAAAGAACAAGAGGCGGAAAUACUCGCCCUGAAAUUAUCGCUCAAGCAAAUGAGUGAAAGGAACCUCAAGGAAGCUAAACGGUUCUCACAAGUUCGGAAGAUGAUGCGUGCAACCUACGACAAGGAAGUGUAUUACUGGAAGGAAGCUCAUCGUAAAGCGGAGGAGGGUCUAUUAGACGCGCGAAGCGAGUUGGAUAAAGUCACGAAGCACCAGAAACGUUUCAUGGGCACGUUCCGACUCGCGCACGGGGUUUCGAUGGAGCAGUUGCAUGAAAGCGUGCAAAUUGCCACAAGCCGGCAACAGAAGAACCAGAGUGAUAAAGAAGAACUAUUACACCGGUGGGAGAUUCUAGACGAUGCCCUUAAUAUUGGGCUGGACAGGAGCCAACGAUCUCAGAGUUCACGAAAAGAUAAAAUACGUAAUCGAGCGAACUCGGAAGCACAGGGACGGGGUACGUUGUCGCCCCUCAAUGAAGUUGUGGAUAAAACGAUUGCAGCAAAUUUGAAUGCAAGCCAAAGCCUCAAUGCCCUCUCCGCAAUACGCAGCGACCAGAAAGCGGCGACCGAUGCCAACGCAUUGGUCCCCAAGCAAUCGUCCGAAUCAGCUCAAUCAUCACCAGCUUACCUGGCAUCUAUCGAAGCGAAAAAAGUGGUCUGA